AUACCUGUGGUUUGUAAUCAGAAACGAACAAAAUGAGGGAGAGUCAGGAGAAAGGGGGAAGAGGGCAAGAAGUAGGAGGAACGGGGAACUCAGCAAAGGAGGAGGGCUAGUUUACAGGGAAUUCUUCUGGACAAGAGCCUGCUUCCUUGGUUUUCCAGUCUCUUGCCCUUUAGAACACUUUCCCCAGAGAAGUCGAGGGAAUUGGGAGAUAACUUGUUACAAUACAAAUCCUGUCCAUCCUUUCGUUUCACACCCUUCCAAGAGUUCGCAGUAAUAAAGUCACAAAUCUUUUAAGGUGGCCUGGUUUGGUUAUCUUUCGGAACUUCUGCCAUUCUGUCUCUUUAAGGGCGGAGCCUAGCUCCUGCUUGCCUCAGGGCGUUACAGGCUGGCGCCCAGAGAAAGAACCAGCUGCUCCUAGCUACCCAAGCUUUCGUGGAUGUUUUUCUUACGUUACACCACUUUGGGGGUCGUAGUUCCCGGAACAGGGAUGCGACACGUGCCCUGUGCAGUGGAAGCUGGGUCUUACACUGGACCACCAGAUAAGUCCCUCAUGGAUUUUUUUCUUCCGGGGCCUCCGCCCCCGAAAUCCUCCUCUCGUUCAUUCUUUUUGGAGUGUUUAAUUUUUGUGAUUAGACAUCCAUUAGCGUGCAUUCACAUCUAUUAUCCAAGUCCGACCCUCAGUCCCUCUAUAGUCGUAUCGGGUCGGCUUGGUUCCUACAUGAUUUCCAACUCCGUGCACUGUGUUCGCACACAGUAGGCACCCAGUGAUUGAUUAUACGUGAUAAUCGGUCAGUGAGUCAACGCAAGCAGCGUCAAGGUCGGUGGGAGUCUCCAACGCAGACAAAGACGCUCCUGAGGCCCCGGUGGGACGCUAAGGCCUUGACUCCCCUCCCCCGCAGGAAUGCCGCGAACAGCGCGGCUCAGGGUUGUGGGACCGCUUCCGGCGUACAGCACAACCUAAUCCGAAUCCUGAUCAGCUCGCAACCCGACCUUUCCCUUAGGCGGCGCUCCAGGCCGCAGCCGCCAAGUUUAGCGCAAGGCAUUGCGGGAUUUGUAGUUUCGCUGGGCAUAUGCCCAGGGCGCAUGCGCACUGGAGAGGCGCGCGCCGCCCGACCCCCUUCAGGAUUCCAGGUCCUUGCGAAGGGCUCUCCAGGCGACAGAGCUCCAACCGAAUACGCCUCUCUAGUCCGCCGAGGGUGAGCCGAGUAGGGUAAGAGUCCUCUCUACGUGGCUCGUCGCCGUGCACUGGAAAGCGGCCAGAAUAAGCACGCCCCCGCUCCGGAAGAGAGCGGCUUUUGGCGCAGUGCAUUGUGGGGGGCGUAGUCCUCCUCCUCAGGCGGUCCUUCGCGGCGUCCCCGGGGCCCACUCCGGAGCGCAGGCGGGCAGCUGGACCGGCGGCGCGGCGCGGGCCGGCUGGAGGCGUAUUCUGGGCACGGGGCGCUGAGUUAGGCCGGCCGUGCCCGGCGGCAGUAGUGGGAGGCCGCCCAAGGCCUCGCGCGGCGCCGCCCGUCGAAGGGCGGGCGGCGGCAGACAGACCCGACCGUCGAAAAGAGCAGGAGGCCGGUGGGCCGGGUCGGGCCGCGCGGCGCAGCCAUGCCUGGAUUUACGUGCUGCGUGCCGGGCUGCUACAACAACUCGCACCGGGACAAGGCGUUGCACUUCUACACGUUUCCCAAGGACGCUGAGCUGCGCCGCCUCUGGCUCAAGAAUGUGUCCCGUGCGGGCGUCAGCGGGUGCUUCUCCACCUUCCAGCCCACCACGGGCCACCGUCUCUGCAGCGUUCACUUCCAGGGCGGCCGCAAAACCUACACUGUGCGGGUCCCCACCAUCUUCCCACUGCGCGGCGUCAACGAGCGCAAAGUAGCACGCAGACCCGCGGGGGCCGCAGCCGCCCGCCGCAGGCAGCAGCAGCAGCAACAACAGCAGCAGCAGCAACAGCAACAGCAGCAGCAGCAGCCGUCGCCGUCUGCUUCCACUGCCCAGACCACCCAGCUGCAGCCUAACCUGGUAUCUGCUUCUGCGGCUGUGCUCCUCACCCUUCAGGCCGCUGUAGACAGCAGCCAGGCUCCAGGAUCCGUGCCGCCGGCGCCCACCACUCCCACGGGAGAAGACGUUAAGCCCAUCGACCUGACGGUGCAAGUGGAGUUCGCGGCCGCAGAGGGCGCAGCCGCCGCCGCCGCUGCGUCGGAGCUAGAGGCUGCUACAGCAGGGCUGGAGGCCGCCGAGUGCCCCAUGGGCCCACAGUUGGUGGUGGUGGGCGAAGAGGGCUUCCCUGAUACUGGCUCCGAUCACUCGUACUCGUUGUCGUCAGGCACCACGGAGGAGGAGCUCUUGCGCAAGCUGAACGAGCAGCGGGACAUCCUGGCACUGAUGGAGGUGAAGAUGAAGGAGAUGAAGGGCAGCAUCCGUCACCUGCGUCUCACCGAGGCCAAGCUCCGCGAAGAACUUCGCGAGAAGGAUCGGCUGCUGGCCAUGGCUGUCAUCCGCAAGAAGCACGGAAUGUAAACGAGUCCCCUUUUGGCCCUUCGGACUCCCAGAUCCCUGCCAGCUUAGAGGGACCUGAGGCCACCGUUGUUGAACUCCCUCAUACUCCUGGGGCACUGUUUGACAGUACUGAGGCUUAGGGCAGCUGGACUCUUGCUGGUGACCUAGUACCCUCUCAUUUCCUCCUGAAGCAACGUCCUGAAGUCUGAGACUGCACUGGGGACACCAGCAGUUAUGACUUUGUCUACCCAUCCACACUUUCACUCCCUAACCCCAAGUUUAUAUUGCAGGUUCUGGUUAAGCAGAAGCUUCAGAACCACUGAACUUGAAAUUUAUCCCAUAGGGAUGCAGGUGGGAUGCUGGAGGCUUUGGGAAGACAACACCUUGAGUUUGGCUGGCAAUCAGAGACAACUCUUCUGUGUGUAGUGAUAAGAGAUCCAAGUAACAUCAGUUCUACUUUUUUGUGCUUUUCCUUCCCAGGUGCAGCCUGUGAUUCUGAUGGGGACUGGCAGAUCUGUGCCUCCACUUCCUAGGACCUCCCUCCCAGGAGGCCAUCUACAAGGGGAUCUAGGUGACCUGUUGAUGGAAAUCGAGCCUGCCAGGGACUUAGGUCUAUCCUGUUAUGUUUGCUACUGGUUACAAAUUCUAUUUUCUGUACAAUUAGUCAGACUAAAGUUUUCACUGUGUUUGUUUGGCAAAACGAAUUAAACAGAAAGUAAGGUUUUUA